UGAGUAGUGGGCUAGAAGGCGAAAUAGAAACAAUAUUUACAUUCUGCAUGAUGCGUGUUUUUGUCGUGGUGAUAGCAAGCUUUCUCGCUCUGGUGAGCGCCGGCGACCUCGGAGGAUACGCUGGAGGUCAUGUUGGAGGCUACGGAGGCGGCUUGGGCCUCGGAGGAGGCCUCGGUUAUGGCGGAGGCCUUAGCUAUGGAGGAGACCUUGGAGGUUACGGAGGAGGCCACGGCUAUGUAAAAGACAUCACUAAAGUGAUCACCAAGGCUGUGCCUCAGCCCUACCCAGUUCCCGUGCCGAAACCUUAUCCUGUUCAUAAGGUAGUGCCUGUACCUCACGCUGUACACGUGCCUAAGCCAUAUCCUGUUCCAGUGAAGGUGCCCGUGAUUAAGAAGAUCCCCCAGAUUGUGCAUGUUCCCAAGCCUUACCCAGUGCCUAAGCCUUAUCCUGUACCCAAGCCAGUGCCUGUACCGGUUCCCGUGCCCGUUUACAAAGACAGUCCAUAUCCCGUUUAUAAACAUGUUCCUAUUCCAGUUCACAAGCCUGUUCCGGUGCCUGUAAAGGUCCCUGUUCAUGUACCUGUGCCCGUCCACAAAGAGAUCCCCGUGCCUCAGCCCGUUGAGGUCCCUGUGAAGGUGCCUGUGUACAAGGAGGUGCAUGUCAAAAAACCUGUUGUUGUACCGCAACCUGUCUACGUGAAAUCGCACCAUGGAGAUCUUGGAGGGGGCUACGAAGGGGGCCUCGCCGGUGGGUAUGGAGGCUACGGAUAUUAGAUUGAGAUGCUGAAGAGUGAAGCAAGACCAAAUAAGAAAAAACGAGUGCCAUCAAAAACGAAAGUCUAUCCGAAGUAGAUCUACAUAUUGAUGUACAAUUAUCUGCGCUUCCUACAAAUCGCAAUGAGAAGUUGUUUAUGUUGGGACCUGAAUUCGUUAAUGAAUAACCAAGCCAAAAUAAUCCAAAGCUACAUGUGUACAAGUUUGUAAAUAAAAAAAAAGCACUUUCUGUUUAGAAACGCUUGUU